CGCAUGCGCAGAAGCGCAGACAUGCGCUGGACAAGGACAUAAGGAGAGUGACAUUUGUGUAACGUUGACUACUAAUUCGUGUUCUUUCUAAAUCACAUCAAAAUUAGCGUCAAUCAGAUUUGGAUACAAUCUCGCAUCUCUGCACAGUGAGCUGACGCUUCACAUCAUUUUCUCAGAUUCACGGAGGACAGGUUAGGUUUUGAAGGACAAAGGUUUCUGUCUCUGUGAAUGGAUGAGUAACCAGAGGCAGCGCUGGAUGGGAGAGUUCACGUUGCCUCCUCUUUGAGUAGCCUGAUGAUGUCAUCUUACUGAGACUCCAUCGAGGUCAACACAGCACCUUGACUUGAAUGGCUGUGUGCAGAGGGGGUGUCUCUCUUUGGGUGGGGUGUGUCAGGAACCAUGGUGGCAGACAACCAAUGCCGAAACAGUGCUGGAAUUUAUGUCAGACAACCGAAUUUCACUUAGGUAGGACUGUGAGCAGUGCAUCAUGGAACUUGGUUCCUCCAAACAGUCUACACUACCUGUCCAUUAAACAGCCAUCCCUGUCCCAUCCCUUCCACCAUGCGUGCCAGCCGAACCGAGCGGCCAGCCUAGAGGAGGAGGAAUGGGAGGAGUCCAUCAGCUUGCCUGUCCUGCUCAAACCCGGAGAGACCGAUGAGCAGCACACCGUGGUGGAAGUGCCCUUUCUUGGGCCGGCCAAACUAAGUGAGCUCCUUGCUUUGAGACCCAACAGACCAUUUGACUUGCUUUUUCCUUUAACUACUGUUGAUGGAAGCAGAGAGGAUGAUAUUAGCAUUACCGGAAAGGAUGGGACUGAUGAAAACCAGCCGAAGGAGAGAGGCUCCUUCAGGAGUCUGUUUGAGACCGAGAGGUGCCCUGCACCUUUUAUGUUGGGAUCUCGCUUCUAUUGCUUUCACUGCCCCGGGAUGGAGUCUGUCUCAGAGAUUGGGGUCAAGCCAAGAAAGGGACAAGAUGAGCAGAGUAUCUAUCCGGCCCUCAGUGUCAUGCAUUACAGCCACGCUGAGACUGAGAGAGUGGACGAGAGCUCUAGCCAGAGAGACAUGGAGGAUGAGGAGAAACUGGCCCUCAUGCAUGAGAAGCUGAGGGUGGAGCUUCCUAGUUUCUUUGUGAAAAAUCAUGACUACAGCAUAUACUCUGAAGAUGUUGAGUUCAUCAAUGGUCUUCUGAACACCAAAACAAGGGGUCGAGUAGUGUACCAGCUGACUCUGACGAUCUGGCGAUUGAUGUGUCUGUGUUACUAUGCGGAGGCUCAGCUGGAAGUGCUGAAGCUGACCAAGCAUCCAGAAGACGGCUCCAUCAAAGCUCGCUGGAGAGUCAAAGGCCUGCCCUUCCACUCCGUUCUGAUCUUCUUCUACAAGAAAGACAAGAGCCACCUCUACAGAACAUAUGACGCAUUCUCCACCUUCUAUGUUGGCUCUGAUGGACGAAUACAUAGGCAUAAAGUUGAAAAGGUUAUGGAGGCUCGUCCUCCCUUGCUGCCCAAAGUGACGUCAGUGCUGGCCGGGGCGCUGGUGGCGCUGGGCGUUCAGGAACAUCGUCCCGCCCUCAACCUGCUCCCUCUCCUGCUGUCCUCCCUCCGACAGACCCGAGCCUGAGCCGCAGAGCAGCACCAGAGCCAUUCAAAAGACUGAAAAAGAUGCAGUGCUGUAUUGUGUGGGUUGAGUGAAUGAGAUAUUGCUAGCCAGUUUUUUGGGGGUAAAUCCACAGGAACAAGAACAAACGAGUUAAAACUCUUCUCACUUGAAACAAUCUUUCUGUGCUCUUUAAUUUCGAUUUUGACUCGUAACAGGUUUCAGAGAGUAACACCUGAGGGCAUCACCUAACUAGGAUGUUAACUAACGCACAACUCUUUAACAAACAGGUUUUGAUGUCCCAGUGCAUUACUGUACAGGUAUAUUCAAACCCAUCUCUAAAUACAUCGUCAGCUCGGCUGUAAAACUAUGUCUUUUGAAGCACAUGCCUGAUAAAUGUUCAAGAUGGUUCAGCUCACAUUCACAGUAAUAAAUCACCAGAAAGAUUGCUCAUGAUUUUUAAGUCUUGAUCAUCUCACAUUGUAAUAAAUAAUUCUAUAUUUUUUGUAUUUAUAUAUUAAUCUGAGUUUUCAUCAGUUGCACUGGUUUAAAUGUUGUAGAGGAAGGUGCCUAUAAACCAGCCGGUUCCUUUAGUAGCAGAAGUCAAUGAAUGUCUUUAGAGUUGUUGCCUUUAAGGGAAAGUGAUGCCAGGGACUGCCUUUGAGUGUAGCGAGUUUAGUUUCCUGUCUGGACUUGUUCUUGUUUGCCCAUACCUUCCUUAUUUAAUUUUUUUUUCCCAAUAUGCAAGUCACACAGUAUAAGUUACAAGCCAAUAUAGCUCCCUGGAUAAAUGCAUUGCCAAAUCUGCACUGGUCUUGCCGUGCCGUCCAUAUAAGAUAAGUCAACACUUAUUUGAAAAACCCAUGUUUUCAAUUUUUUUCCUCAUUGAAAUAUGUUCAGAAGUGUAUUUGCAUCUGAAAAGCAACACGAAGGUUAUUUUUCUCCAGGUUAAUAGGUCACUUUAGCUCAGUAAUGACUGUAAUGUGAUAAAACACUCUCCUCCCAUAGUCUGUUUUAAUAAGAACAGUUUCAACUGCUUGAGCUUCCUGUGGUAAAGACAUAAUCAAACACUUUAAUGGACUUUCUUUGUCCCAAAGUAGUCAGAACACAUCUGUCUCAAAUUCUUGUGCUUUUGAAUGGACAAUAAAAGCAUGAAACGCUGUCACUCCACAAUCUGUGCAAUUUAAAAUCCUAAAAGAAAGAACCUGUUAAAGCAGAUCCAUAUAAAACAUUGCUGAGUAAUUGCUCUGGUGGUCAAUUCUGCACCAUUUACCCAAAAACCUGUGUGAAUAUGUUGUGUGACAAAUAAAUGCAUAAUGACAUCAA